AUGCCAUCUGACUCUCCGAAAAUGUUUAAUAAACCCAAAAGCUGGCUUUCUGGAACGUUAUGGAGGCCCAAAAACCCACAUUCCCUGGAACACCUCAAAUUCCUGUAUAAUCUUCUGUGUAAAAACCAGACAGUCACAGAGCAGAACCGAGGCCUCCUAGUUGAGACACUUCGAUCUAUCUCAGAAAUCCUGAUCUGGGGUGACCAGAAUGAUAGCAGUGUUUUUGAUUUCUUUCUGGAGAAGAAUAUGCUUUCCUUCUUCUUGCGCUACUUGCAACAGAAGUUUGGGCGCUACAUUUGUGUACAGUUGCUGCAGACCCUCAACAUUCUGUUUGAAAACAUCAGCAAUGAAACCUCCCUGUAUUACCUGCUGUCCAACAACCACAUAAACUCUAUAAUUGUCCACAAGUUUGACUUUUCCGAUGAAGAAGUCAUGGCAUACUACAUUUCGUUUCUGAAGACCCUUUCCCUGAAACUGAACAAACAUACUAUUCACUUCUUCUACAAUGAGCAUACACAUGACUUUGCUCUCUACACUGAGGCCAUCAAGUUCUUUAACCAUCAUGAAUCCAUGGUGCGCAUUGCAGUCAGAACAAUCACUCUGAAUGUGUUUAAAGUUGAUGAUAAAGCUAUGCUUAGCUACAUCAGGGACCGCACUGCAGCUCCUUACUUUUCCAAUCUGGUCUGGUUUAUAGGGAACCACAUUCUAGACUUGGAUGCCUGUGUCAGGCAUGAUCAUGACCACAGAAGCCGAGACAGGUUGGCUGAUCUAGUGGCAGAGCACCUGGACCACCUGCACUAUGUCAACGAUAUUUUCCUCAUCGACAUUGACACCUUGAACCAGGUGUUGACGGAGAAACUCAUCAACAGGCUGCUGUUACCUCUGUAUGUGUACUCUCUGACCAUGCGCAAGAAGUUCUCCGAAGAUAUGAUUGACAGAAAGCAUGUUAGCAGUGUAGUUUCGCUGUUCUUGCUUUCACAGGUGUUUCUGAUAAUACACCAUGGAUCUUUAGUGCAGCAGUUAGCUGAAGUGAUAUUCACUGGUGAUAUAGCGCUGUCCAAACUGGCAGCAUCUGGCCACAGGGACUCUCCCAAGAUGGGAAUCCGAGAAUUCCGACCCCCAAAGGAGUCUUUAGAGAAAACCCUGGAGAACACUAAGCCAAAGCGGAACUAUGAUCAUCAGCAGGAAUCCAGUAAGGCCCCAAGAGCCGGCACUAAAUUAUACGCAAGCCAGCCUGAAGACCCAGCAGUCUUGGCUGCAGCGGCUGAAGCUUUGAGCUCACCUUCAACAGAGGGUGCUCGUAGUCCCAGCAGUGAGGUGUGCUCUGGGGACACAGAACUGUCCAGCCCUACACAGAACUCCACUGAUGAGGAAAAACUCAUGGGAAGAGUACAUCACAGGCUGGCCCCAGUAAGAGUUCCUCCUGUAGAGAACCCCCAGAUGAGUUUUUCUUUGGAGAACAGACCUUACCUAGAGGCCAUCUUCAAUGCCCUCGAAUGCAGUGAAAAUGACUACUCUGCAUUGUUUGCUUUGUGCCUGCUGUACGCUAUGGGAAAGAGUGAAGGAAUAUCCCAGAAUCUGCUUGACAGUGUUUUGAUGCCAACAGAGAGAUCUGAUUGUAAAGAAUACUACAAUCUGAUUCUUGUGGAGCGUUUGAUCAGGAUAAUUGAGUUGGCCUGUCAGUCAGGAACCAAAGUCCGGCUUGCAACUCUGGAGAUAAGCAUCAAGUUACUCAACCAGCUGGUCAACAGUUCCGACAGGUCCUACCUGCAGGACCGACACCUGGCAUGUAUAGAAAAUGCUAGAGAAUGCUGUACCCAGCAGCUAAGGAACUUUUAUAAGAGUGAAGAGAUUUUCUUGGACAUGUUUGAAGAUGAAUAUAGAGAGAUGAAGACUCGGCCAUUAAACGUUGAAUACCUGAUGCAGGACGCCUCUAUACUUCUCCCGCCCACCGGCACACCUCUCACAGGAAUAGAUUUUAACAAGCGCCUCCCAUGCGGAGAAGUGGAGAGAGCUCGAAGAGCUAUUCGGGUAUUCUUUAUGGUGCGAGACCUUUCUCUGAGGCUGAUGCAUGAAAUGGAGACACAACUACCACUCACCAAAGAAGAAGUGUGUAUUAAAACAGAGGAUGUGCUGGACUUGAACAACAGUGACUUGAUUGCAUGUACAGUUGUUAAUAGAGAGAGUCGCAAGCAGGAACGGAGAUUUCUGGUCAUUGAUCCUGUCCAGCUGAUUCUGGUGGAGCCAGACUCCAAACGUCUUGGCUGGGGAGUGGUCAAGUUUGUUGGAUUCCUACAGGACGUAGAGGUGUCUGGAGACAAAGAUGACAGCAGACUCCUACACAUCGUAGUCCACAAGCCGCAGUCAUCGGUGCAUGCCAAGCCUAUCCCCAUCCUGUCAGCCCGCUUUGUCUUUGAUGACCACAUCCGCUGCAUGGCUGCCAAACAGAGGCUCAUCAAGGGCAGGCAGAGAGCCAGGCAGCAGAAGAUGUCCACCAUUGAACGUCUGCUGGACAUCUCGCAGACUGAGGAGCGUGGUCACUUCUCUCGAUCUGGACCCAUUCCUGGUCGUAGCCAUCCAGUAAAAACAGACUCAAGAAAAUCUGGCAGUAAUGGCAGUACAUCCUCUACGCUUGUCUCCUCAGGUUCUCCGUCUUCUGUUAGUUCUGCAUCUCCGGCACCAACCACUUCAAAUGUCAAAUCAUCCCGCAGAGUUACACCAGAACAGAGGAAGAUCCUCCAAGCCAAGGCUGCACAACGAAGUAAGAGUCGACAGGAGCAGCAACAGCAAGCCGCUGGAGCAGUUGCUAAAGCUGUGGCCGUGCUAAGAGAGUCACCAGCAAGAGAGGGGAUGGGGCUCGACAAUCUUGAUUCCUCAUCAGUAGAAUUAGGUGAGGAUGCGACUUCAGCUAUGGCAUUUCAGUCUUUGAAUCACAACUUGGGCAGUGAGAUGGGGGCAUCUGCUUCUUCUUCCUCAUCCAGGUCUCAAAUGAGAUCUGCUCCUAACAGGUCUGGUGAUAGCAACAACAGUACACUAGAGAUUCCUAUGGAAGACCUCUCCUUCAAGAAUCAUCUGAGGCAGUCGUCCAGUGAUCGGGCGAGACCUAGUGGUCUGACACAAAGAGAUAUUUUCAGGUUGCAGCGCAGCUUGUCCCACAGUCCCAGUCGGAGUAGCAGCCUCAAACCACAGGAAGCAAAUACCUCUUUGAUCCUCGCCAGUAAAACAGAAGUAACGAGAAGACUGUCGGCCCCUGUGAUGAUCAACUCAUCAAAGAAGAGCACUGUAACAAAAGUUUCAACUGCUACACAAGUGGGCCACCCACACAGCAAUUCCUCUGACCCACAGUUCCUCAAGCCUGCAGGGUCAGGGAGUAAUCUCCCGGUGCGGCGCCGGUUUUUAUCGGGCCCAACCACAGCUACACUCAGAUUAGUGGAUACCCCAACCUUGACCCUGGCCUCGCUGAAGCUGGAUCCUGUAGCCAUAGGAUCACAAUUUCCACUACCUAAACUUCUACCUCCAGCAGAUUCUCUUCCUGGGUUACAAUCAAAGGAGCAAGCUUCAAACAACCCAACCAUUGCUGACCAGAACCUGGGAGCCAGGCCUAAACUUGUUGCUUCAGUCUCUGCAGAGCUGCGACCAGAGUUUAAAGCCCCACCACAGGUUGCAGCUGUUGGCGCUGGUGCUCAGCCGGCAGUAAAAAUGCCUCUGUAUGGCUUACAGCAAAUAACAGACCAGAAAAGAGCUGGCGCAGGAAAAGAUGAUGGCAAAACAUCAUCCAACAAUGCUAUUAGUCCUGAGACACCAUCAAGUGAUUCUGCUCUCUCCAGCGAUGCAAGUAUGAUCAGCAUCAGCAGCAAGGCUAGUGAGAGCAGCAUGGAUGUGGACUCGGACAACAAUGCUGGCGGGCCCGUCAUUGGACGAGGUGCAAUUGCUGCUAGAGCAGUAGUGGAUGCUGAGAAACCAGCCACAGCUUCACAACAGCUGACACAGCUGGCUCAGAUGGUGCAGGAGCACUACCCGUACAAAGCCUCUGAUCUGAAACAUCAUACAGGCUAG